AUGAAAACUUCCAUUAUUUUCAUUGCUCUAAUUGUUAUUGCUUUUAUCUCAUCAUCAUCGGCUAAAGCAGAGAUUCCAGCAUGCAUGCAAAAAAUGAUUGAUGGUUUCAAUGGUACACCUCGAUUAAGUCCAUAUAUUCGUAUUGACAACUAUUUGUAUCGUGGCAAAAUGACCUAUUUGGCCACCAGCAGUUGUUGUGAUCGAUUCAACCCGCUUUAUGAUGGAGAAUGCAAUCGUAUUUGUUCUCCUUCAGGUGGUUUCAUAGGUCGUGGUGAUGAGGUAAUAUCAAAUAAUAUUGGUGAUAUAAUUAUAAAAUUAAAAUUAUUCAAUAUUGAUGCUACAAAUUUAAACGAAAUAAUAACUAUACUUGGUCAAUUUCUAGUUAAAUUUGCUAACAAGUAUGCACAAUUACUUGAAACAGCUGUCAAACGACUUGCAGAAUCAAAAGAACAAUAG